CAAAAUCAAUUUCCUACUUACAGUUUUUUUUGGUGUAUCUCUUUUCGUUCACAAUCAAUUUUUAAUUUGACCCAAUUUGGAUGUUAAUGUGCUAAACGUAUUGGCUCGGUCUUCUUUUAUUUUGUACAAGUGAAUGAUCCAUUAGGGGAUUAACAUUUUUUUCGCAGAGAAACAGUUAUACGGUAUGGUGUUUGUGGAAACAAAAAACGGAUUAAUUCUCACCGGAGUUGGAGCGCAACACAUCUAACAACCACAACAUGAAGUGAAGACUUGUAACAGCUUAAAUGUCGAAUAUUCAAUAUGAAAAUCAUAAUUUAAAUAAAAUGUAGACAAUGCAAUAAAAUAGAAGAACAAAAAAAAAACACUUAACCCCAUUCCCCCGCAUAAUUACACUGCAAAAUAAGAAUCUGCACUUAAAAAAGAAGAAAAUGAUAUUGAAUUAAUGUGAUUAUUAAAUUAAGUUAUGAUAAGUAAAUGAAGUAGUUCAAUAACAAGCAAAAAUGUCAAGCAACAAUAAAGAAAAAUCAAUUCGAUGCAAUUAGACUUCAAGGACUCGUGCAUUGAGAAUACAAAGCGAGCCGAGAGAUAAAUGAUUCAACAUACAAUCGAUCGAAUGAAUGACAACAAACCGAUAAAAUGACUUUAAAUCUACUGUGCUUCUACUGUUACAUAAUAUUUUCUGCAACCGGAUGUCAAGUAAAUAGUGAUCCAGCGCCUGGACGUUCGCCCGGUCCACCAAUCGGAAAUGUUGACAAUACAAAUGCAUACGCUAACAUAAAUCCGAAUCAAACGCUGCAAGACAAUGGCACAUUCGAGUUCAACGAAAAUGUCAACAGUUCAGAAUCAAGCAAUAAACAACAAAACGAAGACAAAAUCAUAAAAUCCUCGACUAAGCUGAAAACUUUUAUCAACCAAAUAAAUUCUGCAAAGUUCAAUAACCAAAAGAAAAAUUUGGAAAGUUCACGCUCGGUGGUGAGUGAUAAAAAUAAACACUGCAAGCGAGUUGAUACGUAUAUUGGUGGUGAUGAAGAGAAAAUCGUUAGCAUUGAAAGAGGAAAUGACGAAACGGUUACCGUUCCGAUCAAGUUUGACGUAAUUCAUGACCUGUUUGACACACAGCGUGGUCUCGUAAAUGGUUUGAUAUACACAGUUCAAUUGCUUUUGGAAGCACCUGAUACGAUUGAUAACUUUUUUAUUGAAAGUUAUUUGAGCGAUGAACCUAGCGGACAGUUUGCUGAUACGGAAAUUCAUUUAUCCAAAAAUAAAUGGAAUCAAGCUGACGAUGACGGCGGUUCAAAGAAAUUGGAGACAGUGUACAAUGACUUUGUACUCAAGGAAGAUGAUCCUACCAUCAGUGAUUGGAAAGCACAUAAAGCACCAUCUGUCAAUAACGAAGUAUAUAAUGAUCAAGAGACGCAAUGCAAGAGGAAUAUUUGGAGUGAGAGUUUUGUGACGAAUGGUCGACUACAAAUGAAAUGGUACUUAAAUGAACCGCUGAAAGUGAAUCUCAAAAAUAAGACUGUUAAAUUUAGAAUCUUAUAUAGAAAGAUAUCUAGUUCUGUUGUUUUUGAAAUAGUUUAUAUACAGCAAGUUUUAGAAGAAUGUAUCCUGUCUCUAACACAUCCUUCAGCUACUCUCGAUUAUACGACUAUGCCUAUUAUAAGCUACAACAACUGUUCUGUGUUCUUUCCGUCCCGUGAUAUUCAGUCAGCUGAACCAGCCGGUCUUUUAGUGCAUUUAACACGUUUGAAUGUGCCGUGCAUCAACGGCGGCUAUAUUUCAAUUGGUGAAAAUAAUUUUUUGUGUGGUAAAUUAGAAGAUUUGUCGUUGAGUGAACGGACGUACUAUUUUUCAUAUCAUCAAAAUACCAGUGUUGCAUUACACAAUCAACCCAUGUUCAGUUUAAAUUACAAAUUAGUGGACUAUUGUUACAACAUUACAUUAACCGAACAAAAUAGCUCAUAUUACUUGCAGCCGAAAGCUUCACUAGAAUGUUAUUUUAAAAUCCAUUUGCCGUACGGAAAUAGAAUAGAAUUAAAUUUACUAACCAAUUUGCGGAAUGCUAGUGACAAUUAUUUACGGAAUCGUUUCGAGAGUAAUAGUGAAUAUGCUGAACCCGAAUUCUUAGAUUUAAGUGUGCCACAAAGCGAUACGGGUAAAAUGAAACAUUGUCACGGUAUACUCGUGCAAUUGGACGAUAUGAAAGAAAAUAGUUGGAUGCAUUGCGUUAAUGCAUACAGUGCAUCGAGAAAGUUUAACGUUAUAUCGAGUGAAAAUACAUUAGUCAUUAAAAUAGUGAAACCGACGUCGCUGUCGUCGUCGUCGUCAUCGCACCAGUUGAGUGAUACCGUUCAAGGACCAUCAUUAUAUUUCGAGUAUGUAGCUCUACCUAUACCCCACAUCGUAUCACAAUGUGCCUUCGGAUGGGUAGCCGUUCAACAAAAGUGUAUAACUGCUAUUGAAACGCCAAUGGAAUGGAUUUCGGCGGAAAUGGAAUGCAAAAGAAUUGGCGGACAUUUGGCCUCGGUGCAAUCGGAAAGGGAACAGAAAAUUAUUGAUCACCUUCUGUUAAACAGUUCGGGAUCCAAGGAUCUAUCUGCAUAUUGGGUGGGCGCUACAGACAAAAAUUUCGAAGGUGAUUUUCGCUGGACCAAUGGAUUUCCAUUUUCGUAUGCAAAUUGGUUUCCCGGCUGGUCUGAGCACCACAGCUACAACAAACAGCCAAACGAUGACGGUUUAAGCGGGCAAGAUUGUGUCGAAUUAAGACGAUCAUUUCGACCACCACCCGGUAUGCAUGGAAAAAAUAAAAUUCCACUAUCGGCAACAUACAUGUGGAACGACAGGGAUUGUACUGCCGAAAACUCAUUCAUAUGUGAACGGCCAAUGUCAGACGAACCACUGCUAAAGACCGCGGAAUGGGCAACUGGUUGUAAUAGAACAAUUAUUUUGACGAAAGAUAGUCCUAGAAUAUCCUUGUGGAGUCCGGGUUUUCCGCGACAGUAUCCCGAUAAUACAAAUUGUUUUACUGUUGUUAUUGCACCUAACGGCUACAAUAUUGUUCUCGAAUUUGAGGAAUUAGUUUUGGAAAAUGAACCUGAUUGCAGCUACGACUUUUUAGAAAUAAUCGACGGAAAGGACGAACCAACGAAUCGCAUUUCACUCAAAGAUUUCUACCGAAAGUAUCUUCAUCGUCACAGAAGAAAUUCAGCGAAAAAUUCAUUUUUAUAUCCGCAACAUAAUGACGUUUACUCAACUCAAUCACUCAAUAGCCUUAAUCAAGAUGCUAACAACAUAAGUGUUAAUUUUUUCGAAAAGUUUUUAAACAUAUACAAGUCACACGCAACGGUUGUUUUGCAAGCGCCAAAAUUAAGUGUAAACAGCGAUCAAUUUUUAGUUGCCAAAAGUGUACCCCACCGAAUAUGUGGCGAUUGGAGUACUAAAUUGAAACUUCUGCGCUACGUGUCAUCAUCGACAAUGCUUGGACUGCACUUUCGAUCGGAUUAUUCGCAUCAUUUUAGUGGCUACAAGGCGAAAGUUUCUAUUAAAAAUGAUAAUCGAUCAGACGUCGCUUCUUCAGAAUGUGCCGACGAAAGACUGAAUCCAUACAAUGGUUCGUGCUACCUGUUUGUUACUUAUCCAGAAGUCGAUUGGCAAACAGCGCAACAGGUGUGCCGGGGUUUGGGUGCUCAACUAACGUCAAUAUCUUCUGCAGACGAACAGAGAUUCAUUGCGGCAAACAUUCGAAACCAAAUGGAUUAUACACCUCAAGCAGUUUAUUGGCUGGGUGGCGAACUAUCACAGAGUAAAGAAUUUGAAUGGACUGACGGAUCGGCUAUGUCGUUCCAGGGUUGGCUACCGGGUCAAGGUGUCGUUGAUAAGCUACCAUCCGAACAUUAUUGCUUAGGCUUACAGUGGAAAAAGUCACCGACUCCAAUGCUACCAUCUGGUAUAUAUUGGGCGUCACAAAAGUGUUCCAAGUUUGGCGGUUACAUUUGCAAAAAGAAAAAGCAAAGGGAAGGUGAAACGUAUGUGCAAAAUAAAACCAUUUCUGGUACAGAAGGUCGAAUGACAUCACCAGGUUAUCCCAACACGUAUCCACUCAACAUUGACUAUUGGAUUAAAAUUUACGGCCCACAGAACACACGUAUUAUUAUCCAAUUUCAAACGAUUGAUCUGGAACAGCAGGAUGAGUGUUUAUACGAUUAUGUUAGCGUAGAAGAUGCUCCACCCGAACAAUUUGAAACGAUGCCUAUGGCAAUGCUACAAGCAGCAGAAGCGGAUGAUGUUAAUUAUCAAAUGGACGAACCGGCAAACGAUACCGAAUCCGACAAAUGGCUGCUGAUCAAUAACGAUACCAAUAUCGUCAAACGAGAUCUGAAAUAUUUUCGAAACAUUCAGCGUUUGCUGCGAGCCGAAAGUGAUUUACGUAAUGAAAUGCGCCAACUGGAAGCGAUUAAAAAUAGAUUACAGCUGUCCAAUCGACCGAAACGGGCUGUAAACUCACACAUAAUGCAUAAUGCAUUACAUUAUAACAAUCCCACAUUUCUACCGUAUGUCCGAUGGUGCGGUUUACACAAUACCAAUAUGUCCAAAUUCGAUUUUGUAUCCACAAAGAAUGGCACAAUUUUGCAUUUUCACAGCGACUAUUCGUUGUCAGGUAUCGGAUAUUCAUUUACAUGGAAUGCCGUCGAUAUAUCGGGUUGUCCCAGUCAAACGCUUACAUCGAAAGAAGGAACAUUUUCCAGUCCAAAUUAUCCGCACUUUUUGUUGAAUAAUUUAGACUGUUCGUUCAUCAUUCAAGCACCAAUCGGAAAACGGGUGUGGAUUCGUUUUACUGAUUUCGAAACAAUAGACGACAGUUUAGUUGAAGUGGAUUUGGGUGGUGGUGCAACAGUAACACCAUUCAAAGAUGCCAAACGAUUAAAUGAUGGGAUAUUCGUUAGUUCAAAGGAGAAAUUAAUUGUGCGAAUAAGAACUGGUCCGAUGCCAAGAGGACGGGGCUUUCGAGCUACAUUUAAAACGUUGAACAUCAUUGCCGAACAUCAUACGUUAAAUUUGACUGAAUUUUCAUACGGUUCGUUGCAACAUUUAAAUUAUCCGCAAUCGCUACCAAUUAACAUAAAUUUCACACAACACUUGGUGGCACCAAUUGGUAAUGUUGUCCUUUUGGAAGUAUUUGGUGUUGGUUUCAGUGAAAAUGAAUGCAGAGGCGGUGGAGGCUUAGAGAUUUUCGAUAACUAUGCCGACAACAAUGGCACAUAUUGGCAUCUAUGCGAAGUGCCAAAUAGUAAUCGUCUUAAUUUGUUAGACGAUCCAAGCGGAAUAGAUAGCCUUAUUCAACCAUCGCCCAUUCACAUUACGUCCUAUUUGAAUACAUUACAUGUCCGAGAGAUUACACACAAUGGUUCCAUUGUACGCUUGAAUGCAACUGUACGAACGCAAGCUGACAUUAAUUACAAAUACAAAUUGGCAUCGUCCGAUGACAAUGUGGAAACGUGCAAUCCAAAUCCGUGCCAGUUUGGAGGGAAAUGUAUAACGGUUGGAAAUGUGAAGAGAUGUCAGUGUAUGGGACACUACACUGGAAGAUUUUGCGGUUUAAAUAUGUGUGAAAUUGAACCGUGCAUUUACGGUAAAUGUGAACUUACUACGACAAGUUAUAAGUGUCAAUGUCAACAAGGGUAUGAGGGACGGACUUGUGACCAGAAGCAGAAACCGUGCGCGUCGAACCCAUGCGAAGGGAGAGGAGAAUGUUUUGACAAGAAUGGAAGUUUCUUUUGCAGAUGUCAUGCUUGGUGGGAAGGAUUACGUUGCGAAAAGCGAAUGGUUCGCAUUCCAUACAAACCAUUAUCGGAGCGUAUGCUCCAAGAACCAUUUUGGCUAGGUCUGAUCACCGUGUUCGUUGUAUUAGCUGUAAUCGGCUUGGUGUGGUGUGCCAAAAGACAUUUUCCCGAAAAAAUCGAGAAACUUCUUGCUGAAGAAGCCGAACGAAACAGACCUCCCGGUAUGAUGCACAGCGGUCACCAUCAUCAUCAAUCGUUGCGCGAGCAGUUACAGUUCACAAACGUUGUACCGCAAUCGACGGCAACAACACCAGGUGCUCCACGAACCAUAUUUGGCCGACUGGGUAUACGCAAACCAUCCAUUUUGAGCCUCAGCAGCCCCCAACCGCCUGGAGGGGCGACCGCCCGUACCUUUUCGCUCGACGAUUUAUUGCGUCCCCCUCCUCGACGUACGCCAUCGCCACGUAAAAAACGUAAUAAUUCCACGCCGACCAAAAAGAAUGCAGCUGAGAAAAAGCAAAUAUUGCAGCAGUUAAUAUCACCAGCAGCCAAUCAAAGUCGUCCCAAAGUUAGCCUAGAUGAUUUAAUUCACAUGUCAGAGAAUCGCCUUAAGCCGGUAUCCAUCGAUUCCGAAAGUGAUGUCAAAGAGACAACAUUCUCGGAAAACUUCGUUUCCGCCGCAACCAAGGGACAAUUAAACGACGCAAAAAUGGAGAAAAAAGUUACGUUCGCACGGUUGCUGAGCAAAGUAUCGGCGGAGAUUAGCUCCGGUUCAGAGGGAACUCAUAACGAAAGUGCAUUGAGUCUUCCGGUCGAAUUACCGAUACGAGCUAGUUCCGUUCCACCAUCGCCAUGUACAAACGAUAUACGAUCACCACACAGUACAUCUUCCAAUCAAGGUAGCGAUUCGUUGUCUAGUUCUGAAUUAAUGCUGCCGGAUAUCGAUAUACGAAGUUGCAAUAAGCGACUUCGUUCCAAAGUAUCCUCGGCUGAUUCAAUAUUAGCAAUGUUUCGAAAUUUUGCAUCAACCACUGUUUCAUCUCAAAUGCCAUCAUCCAUGGUUAUUUCACCAACGUCAUCCCCGUCAGUUUCGAGUCCACAAGAUGAUCAUUGCGAUGAUGAAUCAUCCACUUCGUCGAUGCACACGCCGUGCAGUUUUACAAGUGGUCCGAACGAUUCGCCGGUAUUUUACCGUCAAAAUACAAUCGAGGUGCCGGUUUUGGACAUUUUAAGUUCACAGCAAUCCGGGAACGGUUCCUCAGCGAACUAUCUCAAUCCGCCAAGCAUUUUACUGGAAAUUCCCAGUAAUAUUAACAAAUGUUUGUCACCGAUUCGAGAAAUGCCAACUCCCAUGCCUUCUCCGUGUUUAACGCCCGUUAUGAAUCGACCGCAUCGAUUCACCAGAUUCCAGAACUCUCGUAGUCAGAAUAUUUCGGCUAGUUUUAGUGACGACGAUGAGAAGAUCACCGUUGAACAUUAUGAGACGCAGAGCAAAGCUAACCCGUGUGACACGAACAAUUUACGGACGGACACUGGCUUACCAAACAUAAACACUAGACCGACACAGAUGCUACAAGUACAUCAACCAUCUGUUCAAAUAGCAAUCGAAGUAGCCCCACCGACGCCGGAAGAACGAUCUUCCAAUCGUCCUACCCAGCUCAUCAUUCCCGAAUUAGUUGUACAGCAACCCAGUCCUACAAAAGAACGAUUACCUAUGCAUCCCGGAUCACCGCCACCACAGCAAGAACAAUCCAAUGCAGAGAGUUCUUUUUUUGCGCCAACCACAUCCAAGUUGAGAAGGCAACUGAAACAAACGGAAAAACCGGCAUCCCUUGACCUGCCAUUCAUUCCACCAAUGAUAACAAUCACAACGAACAUGAGUGAAGUGGAAUCGGAUGCCGAUAUAUCGCCAACAUUAGGUCUCGGGAAACCAGGUAGUAAUCAUCUGGUUGUACCGACCACUGGAAUGUGCUAUCUUAGCCCAUUUUCCAUAUGCACACGCGGCGAUCGCACCAUAUCGGAAAGCAAUCUGAGCUCAUCUGGUUAUUCAAGUAUGGCUAGUCCUGGACCGAGUCGAUGUGGUUCCAGCAAUCCGUUAUGUUAUGAAGUUGCACACGAAAUGGAGGCUUCCGGAACAGGUUCAUCUGGACCUCAAUUAGCACUGUCCUCCUUAUCGUUACGAAGUCGAAAUGCAAUGAAAUCGUGUCAAAAAGGAUCAAAGUCAGGCAUCGCAGGCCAAGAUUUCGAGCAUAGGCAACGACUGAAUUCUCGAUCCGAUUCGGAAACACUAUCCGACGAAGUGUUAUUGGAAUCGAAUGACGAAGGAAUUGGUACGGAUCAUUUGGAUGAAAAAAUCGAGGAUGGCGAAAUAAAGAGCGCUAAAGAACUGGAGAUUUACAUUGGCAAAGAAAUGGUAGACAAUGGAAAGAUUGUUCCCGAGGAGGCGAUAUGUAUGGCCCAAUUGCAAUUGCCAUUAAUUGUUAUACAGUCAGAUGGUGGCGUUGAGAAAAGUUUAUCGCCCGUGUCGUCUCGUUCGGAGAGUCCAUUAAGCGAGCGAACUACAAGCAUUGGACGAUUUUCUCCUUUAUUUUAUGGCAAAAAGGAUCAUCAACUUCCAUUCACUGACUCCGAUGGUUUGUACGAUUUCCCAUCAUCCGAUGGGAAAAGUUACAACACCAUCCAUCACAGUAAAAAGAGCAGCAUGAAACGAAAGGAGAGAAAAUCGUCAAGAGCUGGACUGUCCCAAUCACCAACCAAAUCGUCGAGCCAACUAGAAAUUCCAAUUAAAGAAUCGCAUUCACCUAGACACUCUCAUCAUUCAUCCAAGCAUCAUCAUCACCACUCACCUGUACCUACAGCACGAAAAAGUCCCAAAAGACGAACACUGCAACGGCAUCCAGUAGCCAGUAGUUCCUCAUCAUCAGAGAGUCUCGUCCCACCCAGAUCACAUAUGAGCAUAUUCACCGUUCAAGUUGCUGAUGAUGCGAAUAGUGAAACUAUGUUCGAUAGAGGCGAAAGAAAUGAAAGACUACCGAAAUCGCAUCUGGAAGAGAAAAGCAGACCGAAGAAACUUAGUCGUUUAAGAGCAAUUGGCAAUCAAAUAAGAUUUUUGCGUCGUUUGGAAAAAUCAAUUAAGAAUCGUGACGAAAUACACUCACCGACCGACAGUUGUCACGAUUAUGGAAGCGAUGAGCACGAUUCACCGGGUGUGAUGUCACCAUUGCUCCGGUCGCCGGUGAAGUCAAAUAUGCUGAACAAAACCGGGCGACAGAAACGUUUGAACAAUUUAUAUGCCGGUAGCAUUCCCUGGCGUUCGAGGGAACGACAUUACGCUCAAGGUGAUGUAAAUAGCGAUUGAGAAUAUACACACAGAGAUGGGAGUUUAUCAUAAGUUUUGUUGUUAUUGGUUCGCAUUUUUCUCAACAAAAAAAAAAUCGGAAACAGCGGCGGGAGAAAAAUAUUUUCGAAAAUAUUGCAAAAAAAAAAUUUUCGUUAAAUUUUAUGCCUCAAACAUUCACUUUGCUACUUUUCAUGUUGUACUCAUAAUGGACACGUGAGUGUCUGUUAACUAACCAUUUAUAAAUAAAAAUGUAAUAAAUCAGAAAUGUAUGUGCUGAUGAUGGAUCAGUUCAAUGAAAAUAAAAUCUAAAAUUGUGAUUUUCCCGUGAAAGCAAUAUUUUCUGUCUUAUAGUAAUAUUACAACUGAUACAAAAACAACUCUACACUUUCCUUGACUUUAUAAGCUAAAAAUUGCUGUAAGAUUUAUAAACAAAACAAAAAUUGUAUCGGAAAUUAUAAAUUGUGAGUGUUGUGUACGUAAUGUGUAACCGGACCAAAAAGUUUCUAAAAUUAUUCGACAGGUGUAAGUUAAUCUUUCCUUAAUAUUAGUACACAUUGUAAUGCAUCCAAAAUGAUCCAAAUGUGCAACACUGGGUCUUAUGUUUUUUUGUAAAUUUGUUCAAGCAACAUAGAUCAGAGCUUUUCAAUGGAAAAAGAAUUUUGUACCAAUUUUGUGUAUUCAAAUUAUUGUUCUUCAUGGCAAUCUCUCUGAUAUUAUUACCAGAACGUCAUUACUUUUACUGACCUCACUGAUACAGUCUGCUAUUUUACGAGCGAGGUAAAUGGUUUUCAACUGUAUGGGAAAAGCCUCAUUACUUGACUAGCAAAGUAAUAUUAUAUUACUUCCGAGGUUCAAAGUUGUGUAUUUGACAAGUGGAGUGUUACAGCCCGACCCGAAGGGGAGUAAAUGAAAUGUAAAUGAAAAUGAAACAUGCCGUAACACGUAAUAAUUAUUGUGUGGUAGGAGGGGUAAUGAGAUCGUUACACUUCUGUACAUAACACGAACGAGCGUUAGCGAGUGUGUUUGUGUUAUGUACAGAAGUGUAACGAUCGAGUGUAGCCCUACUACCACAUAUAUGAUUUUAUCGUUCCGGGGUGAGUAUGUCAUACAUAAACGAAAACUGGAAAGAUACUGACACACAUGCACACACACAUUGUGCAAAACAAAACGUGUCAACAAAUCCAUUUCAUUCGAAGUCUCAGUAGCCGAAUUGGUUAGAGCGCGUCACUUUUAUGCGAUGGGCUUGGGUUCGCUCCUCGUCAAAUUUUUGUUUUUUUUUUUAAUUAUUUUUUUAAUUAAAUACUCACGUAGACUUGCAGAAUCCCUUCAAACUAAUUUCAUUUUCAAUCGAAACGAUAUCUGUUUCGAUGUAUGACUCAACAAAACGUGUUCUUACGUUGUAUAUGUUGAUCACAUUGAGCUUUCAGAGGUUUGUAUCUCGGCAGAUAUUAAUCCGAUUGAAAAACUAAUUACGUUACAGAAGUCCUGAGAUCACGCACUACACACUGGCAUUGUGUAUGUUUGAAAUCCGUUUAGUCGAAAUUUAAUUAUUUUCAUCGUAAACAAAAUACAAGAGAAAGGGUUCACAUAACAAUUACACACACACACACAAACACACACUACGCCAUUUACACGUUAUGUACUUUUGGAAUAGAAUCACAUUAGCCGCGAGAAUCCAACUAGCAAUUCGAAGACUCAGUGGUCGAAUGGUUAGCACUGUUUGCUUUCAUGCAAAGUUUCCGAGGUCGGUUCUCGUUGGGGUCAGGAUUUUUUUCCGAGUUUCUUUUAUAUAUGUUAAUGCAACACAACAAUUGUACAGGUUAGUUUCUUUCAUUUAAAUGCAGAGUAAAACAAAACUCCCUAGGGACGGGUCGCGGUCGGCGAUAGAUUAAUGUAUCAUAUAAAGCUUAUAUACAGAACCGUUUAAUGUAUGACAUACUCACCCCGGAACGAUAAUAUAUAUUAUGCAUCUGUUGCCAAGAUUGGUAUUUUGACGUGUAGGACAUUAUUGCCC